UACAUACAGUGGCAUCAUGUACCGACUGACGACAACCCCAGCGACCAAGGGAGCAGAGGAAUUGAGCCCAGAAAGAUGGGUAACCUGUGGUUCGAAGGACCAGAGUGGCUAAGCAGCCCAGACAAGUGGCCGCAACAACCUGAAAUAGCAGGGACCUCUGAGACUGCAGGAGAGAGCGUAAAGCCAAAGUUAGAGAAACAACUGUUUGCAAAGGAAGAAGAACAGAAUGAGACAACAGAUCCACUUCUCCACAAGUAUGCAUCAUAUUGGAAGCUCCUGAGAGUAACUGCAUUUGUGAAACGGUUUAUUGACAACUGUAGAAAGUCUGAGAAGGAGAGAGGACCAUUAACGACGAAGGAAUUCGAGGCUGCAGAGAAGUUUUGGAUCACUCAGGUACAAACGUCCCAAUCAUUAAAAUCAGAUGUGGGCUUGAGGAAGGAUGGAGGAGGGAUCUUCAGAUGUGCAGGCAGAGUUCAACACUACAACCCAGUGUUUCUACCCCGCGAUAGCAAGUUGGCAACUUUGAUCGUUCGACAUGUCCAUGAGCAGACCUUACAUGGGGGAGUCUCCGCAACCUUGUGCCGCAUGAGAGAGAAGUUUUGGACGCCGAAACUGCGAUCGCUGACAAAGAAAGUUAUUCACAACUGUACAAUUUGCCGACGUUACCGUAAGAAGCCACUGACCACCUCGUACACUUCGGACUCUCUGUUACCAGUCUUCAGAACUGAACUGUCAGAUCCUUUCGCUGUCACAGGAGUAGAUUUCGCUGGACCAAUGUACUAUAAGAUUAAGAAGUCCACAACUGCGAAGGCUUACGUCGCUCUAUUCACCUGUGCCAGCACUCGAGCAGUGCACCUAAAGCUUUGCCGUGAUCUCACCGCCACUGAGUUUCAAAGAGCCCUGAAGGAGUUUGUUGCCAGAAGAGGAUGCCCUCAGACCAUGGUAAGCGACAACGGGAAAACAUUUGUGACCACCGGGAGAUGGCUAUCCACCCUGAAGAAAGACCAUGGCGUGGCUAACUACUUGGGAACAUUGAACAUCAAGUGGAAGUUCAAUUUGGCCCGAGCCCCGUGGUGGGGAGGCUUCUUUGAGCGACUUGUUGGCAUCAUGAAGAGGAGCCUUUCGAAAGUGGUUGGCCGAAGAUUUUUGUCCUACCCAGAGCUAGAAGAAGUAUUGCUGGACGUUGAAACUUCCAUGAACAACAGACCACUGUCUUACCAAGGGGAAGAGUUUGAGCAGCCAGUGCUCACCCCAAACACCUUACUGAGAGGGAAACCGACACCCAUUCUAGAGGAAGACCUUGAGAAGAUUGGAGAAGAGGAUGCUACUAAGCGGAUGAGGUUCUUACAGAAAAGUAAAGAACAACUUCGAAAGAGGUUCAUGAAAGAGUACGUCCACGCCCUUGAUGAGAAACAACAGCGGUCCACAGGGAACAUUGAUAAGACACCAAACAUAGGAGCGAUAGUGUUGCUGAAAGGCGAUACGAAGGACAAGGCCCUGUGGAAGCUGGGACGAGUAGUAAGAAAAAUUUCCGGCAAGGAUGGGAUAGUGCGUGGUUUGAAGCUGAAGCAAGGGAACGGUUAUUUUGUGGAGCGACCUUUACAACUCUUGUGUGACCUAGAGAUAGGGGGAGAAGAUCCGGACUGGAAACCGAACCCGCAAGCAGAACCAUUCGUUCCAAGAGUGCAACCAAGCAGAGUGUCCAAACAGAUUGCUAGGGAUUGGAUUAGGAACAUUACUCAACAAGACGACAUUUAA